AUGAAACUUGGAACUUGUACUGAAUGGCUCUUCUUCCAUCUUUGGAAAAAGAAUCCUAAUUCUGGUCAUAGUUGUAAUGGAGUCUUUCUUGCUGAUACUGUUAUUUACAGAUGGGCAUAACCUUAUUUUAGUAAUCUAUAAUCAAUACAAUAGGGUAUUUUACAGCUUAGAAUGGUCAAAUCAUUAGAAAAACUAAAGAAAGAGUGUUUAUUGAGUAAGUUGAAUAAGCAUUUUUAUAAGAUAAUACUGUUGCUGUUUUAUUAACUAGUCAAGUAAUUUUGAUUAACAACUAUUUUAGGCUCAAUCAAAAUAAUAGGAAAUAAUCAAUUUUGAAUACUUUGACAAAGAGAACUUUGGUAAAUUCUUAUAUUAAAGAGAAAAGGAACUAAAUUCAAUUCUUCAAAAGUAGAGAAUUCAGUUGAUAUUUUAUAGAUUUAUUUAUCCUAAGAGUGAUCAUAAUUCAAUGAUUAAAGUAACAUGGUCUCCAUAAUUUUGUCUAAUUAACAGGAAAACAAAUAUUAAUAAUAUGAAUGAUAUGAAAAAACCAUUAUAUGAAAGAGUUAGUACAUUUGAUGGUCCUGAAUAUUUAUCUGUUUCAGAUUCUAUAAGUUCACCAUUAUUAAGUUCUGAUUUAGAAUAAUUAUGUGUAAAUAUUGUUAAACAUGUCUAAGAAGUUUCAGGUGGAAAUAUAUAAAUUAUUAGAAUGGUUUUAUAUUUUAAAGUAGAUUAAGAGAAUAGAAUUUGGUUAAUGUUUUGUACUGGUAUCAAAGUUAAAGAUAAAUUUUCAAUACAUCCAGAUAAACAUAGAACAGAUUCUCCUCUAUUUAAAAUAAUAAGAAGAGAUCUUGAACCUGUUAUUACAGGAACUGAAAAUGUUUAAAAAGUUGUUAAAUAUAAUAGUGAAGGAUAAAUAGAAGAAUUAUUAUAUUAAUUAGAAAGUGUUUGUUCAAAUUGUGAUUUAUUUUCAUCAGAAUUAUAUUAAUUAUAAUUUGAAUAAAUAAUUGAAAGUUUUGAAAGAGUAUCUAUAAUUUAUAUAUAUUAUUAGGCAUUAGUAAGUAAUGAAUUUACUAGGUUACCAGAUGAUUUGUAAAAGAUUAAAUUGAAAAAUGAUAAAAAAAGUGAAUUAUUAAAAUUAAAUUAACAUAUUAAAACUAGAUCAAAAUAAUUUAUUCAUAAAGGUAAUUUUAAUAUUAAAACUAUAAUUAGAUUAUUAAUUAUCAAAUUAUUUUGAAUAAUAAUCAAAUUAAUAAAUUUCUGGUACAUAAAGUCAAUAAGAAAUAUUGGUUGAAAAAUAUAAACUUGUAAAUAAUUAGAAAACUUCUGAUUAAGUUCAUGCUGAAAUUUAAGAAUUAUGUCGAUAUUUAGAUGAAGAAUAAGAAGAUUGUAAAUUGAAUUUUAAAAGUGUUCCUGCUUUAAUCUUAAAAGUAUGGGGAAAAUUAUCUGAAGAAAAAUAUAAAUAAUUAAAAUUUAAUCCUAGUUGGAGAUAACUCAAAACUUAAGUUUGUUUGGAUUGUUAUCUCAAAUAUACUGAAUGUUGUAAUCUUACUCAAUUUGAAAGAAAAGUGUAUUAAUAUUCAAUCUAAUUUAAAUUAGUAAGACAGCUGCUCAAAACUUAAAAAAAAAAGUAGAAGAUCAAUAAGUCAAUAAUAUUCUAUUGUAAAAUACCUUGCUUGAAAUUAAUAAAAGUAAUUUUACAUAAAAUUUUCAUUCAUCUUUGCCUCCUGUAAUGGAAUAAAGAACUAUAACAGCUGGUGGAAAAGCUAGUGUUGCUAAAACAGCCAAUACUUAAUAAAGAUCGACUGCAUUAAAUACACCACCUUAACCUCAUCAAAACACUUUAGAAGCCAUGCCUUAAUUCUUUAAUAAAUUUAUGAAAUAGGAAACUAAACCUAAAAAGACUCCAACUACUUAAAAAGUAUUAUAUAUUUUUUAAUUUCAGAUUUACCAAAAUCGAUAAGGAUUACAUAUGUCUUUGAAUCAUUCAAAUUAAUCAAGAUCUUCUCGUUCAACUUAAGAUUAAUCGAAAAUUUCGUUUGAUUAUAUGAUUUCUACUGUUUCAUAGCUGAAAAAGAAAUUGUAAGAAUUGGAAGAUGAAGAACAAUCUUAAAAAAAUUAGCCAACAUAAAAGCCAUAAACUCUAUAGGAUUAAUCAGAAUUUAAUUCUUUAUUACAAAGUAGCAAAUUACUUUAGACUAAAUCCCAACCACAUUAAUGAU